AUGACCAAUCAACAUUCCAAAUUUUGUGGCAAUACGUGCCCUUCUACAUCUACAUAUGUUUUGACAAACAGUUCCUGUUCCCAACAGCAAUUAGAACAUUCUUCUGAAUUAGCUUCUCUUACAUCUUUAUUAGUCCAUCUUUGCUUGACGGGUUCAGAUGUUUGUGAACAACAAUCAAUUGCUUCUUUUAUUUUAAAAAAAUUUGAAAAAGAAAUUAAUAAAAUGUCGACAACUUUUGAGUUUUUAAUUUUUUUAAUUAAAAUUUUUAUUUUUUUUAAAAGUUUUCUCGAAGCUUCUCCUAUUUUUAUUUCUUCGCCAACAACUUCUAAAUCAGAAUUAAUUGGAACAAAAGAAUUCAAAACAAAGAAAUUACCUAAUCGAAGUUCAGUAAAAUCAUUAAUUUCGUUUUCUGGUGAAAAUGAAGAAGAAAAAAUUAAGAAAAAAAGUGGAAAUAUUUCAAAAAAUAUUGAAUUAAAUAAAUCUUUUAAAGAAGAAAAACAAAAUCAGAAAAAGGUUUUUUAA